AUGGCACCCACCACCCGCAAUCGAAAGCCAGCUCGGAGAAAAGCCCGCAAGAUCCAGCAUCGCCCAAGGAGGAAGAACCGUGUCGAGAAACGGUCUGCUCCGAGCUCGCCUCAACUUAAGAUAGCCAAGAGUCGCCCUCGAACUCUAUCGAAACAGGCCCUGUUCAAGAAAUCGGAACUUACCGCAGUGAACCACAAGCCCAAGGCUGCCGAAAGUAAAGGCAGUCCACGCAUGGUGAAAUACCAGCUUGCAACCCAAUGGCCGUCGUCAGAGCCCUUUGAAAAGAACUGUCUCCAGAGGGAUCCGUUGCCAGCCGACUAUGUCUUCGUUCCUAGGGGCGAUGUCUAUGUUACUCGGAACUGCCGAAGUAAGACAAAGGAGAGCCAAAGGCUAGUUUAUAAAGUUUAUGACAACACUGGAAAGAGGUCACAGGGAAUUCGUGUCCCGGCAGAUGUCUAUACCACAGUCUUACAAUCCGCACAAGAAACCGCCGAGUCUCGAGCUGGCGCCGUCAAACUCCGCGACCAGAAGGACCUAGCUCAGUCACGGGAGCUUCUCUGCAAGCAAUUCCCUUUGAUGCCAGUAGGGUCUCUAGACGUUAUCCUCCAUCACGCUUUCCUCAAAGGCUCCGGCCGCGUCGGAAGGACCACGACCACUUCAGACGAGCGCAAAGCCAUUCUAGCGGUAGAAGCGCACAUUCGCCAUAUGCAUACGCCAUACGAGAUACUUCUCCGUCAGGGAAAGUCGCGGGACGACGCCCGGAAAGAGGUUUGGGAAAUGGUUCAAGCUAUCCGAAUGGCCUGGGCUGGCCAGGGCCACGGAGUACAACCAGCACUCCUGCCCGUACGUAGCCGAACGAACUCAGCGGAAUGA